AUGGCCGCUGAGACUUCUCGCAAUCGCGGAGAUCAGAUCCUCUCGGCCAAAAAGAAGCUCAAGAGCUACCGCGCAAAGCAAGCCCUGAUGGCUCAGAAGCGCUCCUCUGCUUCUCUGUCCCAUUCUCACACGCACUCGCACUCGCACUCGCACUCGCAAUCCGGCUCUGGCGUCCGCGUCAGCAACACUCCUCCGGCUGCAGCUGUCGUAGAGGCUCUUUCAAAUGAGAUUGUUUCUCAGGCUUCCACCUCUGCCACCUCCGUCGCCAACGCGACCUCUUCACACCCACGUCCACCAUCCACCUCUGCUCACCGCCGAGCUCAUUCGCGCGCCGGCUCCAUCUCCAUCACACCCAAUGCAUUGUUCUCGCACGCAAACACAAUAGCUUCCACCCCUGCCCUUGCCUCGGCAUCAGCGCUCGCAUGUUCUGCUCCCAUCGUCGCCCCAAGCGCAGGCCACACUCGAACCCACUCGAGAUCGCAUUCACGAUCCUAUUCUCGCUCUCGCCCCGUCAGCAUUGCCAUGCUCGGUGCCAAGAAGCAAGAGCCCGUCGUUGUCGCCAUUGAGCAUCCCGCCGAGUCAGAGACCGCUCUCGACGUCAACUCCCAACGUCGAUCACACCAGUUCCUCGACUCUUCGACCUUGUUUGGUGGUCCCAUCUCUUCUGCAGGUCUACGACCUACCUCUGUGUCUUCAUCAAAGCGCUUGAGUAAUGUCUCUCCUGUAUCUCCCGCCCUUUUCGAUCGACCUCUCUCCCAAAGUAUCGCUGGCGUUGUCUUGCCUUCGCCCUCCACCCCGGCUGCACGUCACUCUAGGCGUCUCAGCCGACAUGUGCGUACCUCGAGCGUCGCCACAAAACGCGAAAGCAUGGAGAUCAUGGGUGGUCUCGGCGCCGGCGCCGGCCUCGGUCUCGACAUGCCCAUUCCAACGUCACCCUUACCCUCGGCGGGUCUUGCAAGACGUCGCAGCUCGCGCAUGUCGAAUCUUCCCUCGGCCAGCGUGCUCUUUACAUUCUCUGAUUCUACCCCGUCCAACGCCAACUCGACCACCACCAGCAACGCUAACGCCAAUGCCAACGUCAAUGCCAACGCCAAUGCCCACCUCACCAGAAACAGCACCCGUCUAAGCGGCCAUCAGUGGGACUGGAAGAAAGCCAUCGCCGAUGCCGUCAAUCAAGUCGAAGAAAGCAGCCAAUAUCGUCUCACCGCUCUCGACAAACUCGAAGGCCGCACAUCCACUGCGCACCGUGCCCCCACUGAUGCUCCCUCCUCUGCCACCGUUGCCGCUUCACGUGCUUCUCGUCGUCUCUCUGGUCACGCCAGAACCGGAAGCAUCCAGAUCCCAAACCUCGACGAAAUUCAUCAGAACGAACUCGACGAGCUCAGAGCAAGUUGGAACUCGCAAGCAUUCGACGGCAGCAACACUUCUGCCUCUGCUUCGAUCCCGCUGUCUGCUCCCGCCGUGUCGACGACGAAUCGUCGCGAAAGCUGGGGUCGCAACCUCGUUCCACCUUCGCCUUCCUCGCUCCUAUCUGCUGGGUUUUCGUCCCCAGCAUUGCCCAACGCAUACCUAGCCAGCCCAGGUCGACCAGAAUCGAUAAUCGCCGAGUCGCCGCUCCCGGAAGGUCUUGGUACUCUCAUGGAAGAAGAAGAGGAAGAGGAUGUCACCUCGCCUAUCCGCGAGCGCUCCAGCCUCGAAAUGCCACUCGUUGGCCGUACAAAUACUGAUGACGAGCUUCGCAAACAGCGUCGCGAGGCUCAAGACGAGACUGCCAAACGCAAUCGACGCGCCAGCCUUGCACCCAAGCCUCUCAAGCUGAAAUCUCGUCCACCCAGCCUCUUCCUGACGCCCUCGCAGCGCAGCGGUCUUACCAGUAGCCCAUCGAUGCCCAACUUUCCUACCUCUCCUCUUGUGGCUCCUUCAAUGGCCGAUGAGACAACCCCGAGAGCAUUCAUGGCCAUCUUUCCUGAGGCUGCCGACGAUGACGAAAGCCAGGUGCUUGAGCAGACCAACGAUUCGGACGUCUCAAUGACACUGCCAAGCCGCAGCACCACCUGCCCCGGCUUGUCCUCUCUCGCCAACGUCUCUGAGCAAAUGGAGCAGACAAAUGGCCAAGAGUCACGGUUCACCACCCAAGCUGCAUCGGAUGAACAUGCUCAAACGCCCAAGGAGCCAAACACUUCUGUCGACACCGAUCCUCCUGCUGAAGAGGCGGCAACUCACGAGCAACGACAGCUUGAGCAGCUUCAGCAACAGAUUCUUCGCGCUCAUCGCAGCUCGGUCAUUGCUCCUUUCUCCGCCACUUCCUCGUCCAUCGACUCGCCUUCCCUUUCCUCGGCAAGCACUGCAUCGUCGCGACAGGGCAUGCGUACUCUACGUCUCGGCUCCCAAGCAAAUCUUUCUUCCAUCAUCGAGUCCGCAACCGCCAGCAGCGCAGCUUCCGCAAACAUCGCUUUAGGAGCCGCCUCUGCCGCCGCCACCCCGUCAUCCCAGCGUCGUCGCAGUCUCAUCAUUGGCCCUCUUUCUACCGUUCCAGUGUCCAACUCGUCUUCUCGCGACAGCGACUUUGUCGCUUCCUUUAGCAACUCAGCUGCUUCGAGCCGUUCCGCUCGAAGAUCUUCCAUCAUUUACAAGCCUUCUACCGCUUCGAUGUCCGAUAACCAAUCUCCGCACUCAGCAACCGACUCGAUCGUCAGUCUCGGUGGUGUGCCACUUGCGGUUCAUGACGAGCUCAAAGUCAAAGCGAACCGCGAUGCUGCGCUUCUGGAGUCGACCAAACAGCAGGUCGAGCUGCUCGAGCGUGAGCUCGCCAACGAGGCUGAACGAAGUGCACGCGAAAAGGCGGAGCUGGAGCAGUGGAACAUGGACAAGGAAGAGCAACUCUUUGACCGUGCACAGCGUGCCGAGACCGCGGCUCGUCAAGCCCAAGAUGCGCUCGCCACGAUGCGCUCCGAUUUUGAUCAUGCCAAGGAGCAGUUGGAAGAUCUGCAGGCUGAGCGCGAGGUGCUACAAGAUGAUAUUGAAGGCUGGCGCUCACGUUGCCAGGAUCUCGAAAAGACCUUGCGCGCCGAAAAGGCCAAGUCAGACGAGCACCGCAAGCUUCGUGCUGCUGCGCGUCUGCGCAUCAAACAGCUCACCGAUGCUAUCGAGCAGGGCAGCGCCAACGUGCCCGCCGAUGAGCUAUGCGUCCUUGCAGCUCUCGAGAUGCCUCAACUCGACCUAGCUAGCGUGCUCAAGAGUCCUAGCCUUGGAGCUGUCAGUCCCAACCCGAAUCUCACCCCUCGGCUUUCGCCGAGCAUCGCAAGCGAGGAAGCUCCCCCUCAGAUUACCAAGCUGCUUGCGGACAUGCGUCAGCAGAUCUUCAACUUGGCUGGCAGCCUUGAGCAUGAGCGUAAGCAGCACCUUCAAGCCAAGCACGAGGUGGCUAGGCUGCGACUCGAGGCUCAGCACCAUCAACAGCCAGCUAUGAGCGAGCAGCUCAGCGAGAAGGAGACUUCCUUCUCCGCUGCCGCUGCUGCUGAGGACCAGCGUUUCCCUCUGCAAGAUGACAGCCGGGACAUGUCGACAUCGGAAUCAUUCAGCUCGGUGCGACCGUCGAGCGGUGUGCUCGGCAAGAACAAGCGCCACAUGUUUGCCUACGACUCGAGCAUGGGCAGCUUUGGACAGUCGCAGAGCAGUGCUUCGCUUUCCAUGACGAACAUGACGGACGACACAGCCCCCACAGACAACGAGUCAGACAUGUCGGACUCCUUUUCCACCAAGCUGCCAACCUCGGAAAGCGAUCUGAUCGGUCUCGGUAUGGGCAGUUUGCAGACGCUGGAUGAGAUCGAGGAGGUCUCCGAGGUGUCGGAGAGUGUUGCGGGCAGCAACGGCACUCUGAGCGCCGCCUUAGCCACUAGUCCAGCUUGGAUCGAUGUUGAGGCGGCCGAAGAUGGCGCUUUGCGACCGAGCUUGGAUGUGAGCGAGGCAAGCUUUGACGCAACCUACCAGGACGCUGACCAUGCUCCGCCAACGCCAGAUCUGUACCGAUCAAUGGAGCCUGCCUACAUGAACGCCACCAAACGCUUUGUCAAAAGCAACGUCGCUGAUUCGACUGAGCACAGCACACACGCUUCUUCCUCUUCUAGCUCGGGUGAAAGCCACGCUGCGCCUUCGACCCCACCUCAGCAUGCCAUAGCACGACUUGACGACGCCGGCGUUGAGGCCAACUUUGCGACGCGCACGUGCACGCGCACGCCUUCGCCUCGACCCGAGUUCCACCGCGAGUGGAGCUUCGAAUGGGGCAAGUCGCGCUCGCUCAAGAUGCCCAGCGCACAGCACACGGUCGAAGACUUUUUCGGCAUUCUGUGUGAGGAUCGCCUUCCGCCCCUGAGCACUUCCGAGGAGCCUCUCGACUUGCCACCUAUCUCUCUCUCGUCCAACGGUACGCUGUUGCCCACAGCGCGUCUAAGCAAGGACGGAAAACCCGUGACCAUUGGCGUCGCAAUGACACGGUCCGCAAGCAUCUUUGGAGGCAAGCGACCGCCCGUUGCUCGAUCAGCCUACCUGCGCGAGAGCUUUGAUUCCACCUCGAACUCCAACAUUGCCCAUCACGAAAACGCGCAGUCGAUUGGAAUUAGUGGAUAUGGACACGAAGCGCACUCGUCAUCAGCGUCCGGCUUGGUCGCCUCGAUUGGAUCGCGAGCUUUGAGCAGGAUGAGCCUGCAGCACCUCACCGGCGCGUUCUCGGGUUUGAGUGGAUAUCUGACCAACCAGAGUGGCGCCGCUGUGACGGCCGCCAAGAUGUGCAACGCUGGUGGCAUGGAGGAGGGCAACAGCGGGGUGAACUGGGCUACCGCUCAGCGCCACACACUUGACGAAAACAAUCAUGUGUUUGACGCCCAGGACCUUCGAUUCGAUAUCGAGUCGGGCGCCGGCAGGAUCGGCAAGUACGACCGAGGCUCGGCGGGCAAGCAGCUUUCCUGGACUACCGAGUCUGCAACCGCAACAAGGCAGCAGGGGCACGUACAACCGCUGUCGACAAGGAGGUACUUGAGAAAGUCAGCUGUCGUCGCACCCAAACCUACGCCUGUCUGGCAACUCGAUUUCUCCACCAGCACGGGUGCCGGCGCCGGCCCCGUCUUCACUUUGUAA